AUGGUUUCUUCCGAAUCCCAGCCGUCGGCGCCAUCCGAACCCGCCCCAUCUGUACCAGCCGACGCUGGCUCCCCGGUCACCGCGCCCAUUGUGGUCGAUAACUUUAGCAGUGACAGCAACAGCGAAUUCGACAAUGAGCUGUCCGAUCUCACAUCCCUGUCGUCCAGUGUCCUCGAGUUUGAGUAUGAAAAUGGUCGGCGGUAUUGCAGUACCCGCUCAAGGCUCAUGGCUGGCAAUACUGACCACGUUAGGAUGCCGAACGAUGAGGAGGAACAGGAUCGAAUGGAUAUCACACAUCAUAUAUGGCUGAUGCUGUUGGGAGGCGAGCUCUACAAUGCUCCUGUCGCAAAAUCAGCCCAGAACAUUCUUGACUUGGGAACCGGAACAGGCAUUUGGCCUUUAGACAUGGCCGAGAAAUUCCCCAAUGCCCACAUCAUUGGGAACGACAUCAGUCCGAUUCAGCCGAGCUGGGUAGCCCCAAAUAUCGAGUUCAUCAUGGAAGAUUUCGAAAACGAAUGGUUGUAUGAGGAAAAUCACUUUGACUUUAUCCAUGCACGAUGCCUGGCAGGAUGCGUAGCCGACUGGCCCGGUUUCAUCCGCCGGAUUUUCGACCACGUCAAACCCGGCGGCUACUUUGAAUCACACGAGAGUGCUGUGUGGGCCCGUAGCGACGACGGUUCCCUCAAAGCAGACUCCGCACUCAUGGAAUGGCAGCAGGCCAUUAACUUUGCCGGCGAACAGACCGGCCGCGACCUGAACAUCUACCAUAAGCUCAAGGACUGGAUGAUUGCAGCCGGCUUUGAGGACGUGACCUUGCAAGUCUACGCGCUGCCGUUCUCACCCUGGCCGCGCGAUCCCCACCUGAAGGCUCUGGGGAAGUACCAGGCAGUGCAGUUGCAGCAGGCUAUCGAUUCUUAUUCACUGCGCUUGUACACACAGGUGCUAGGCUGGAGUUCUGAAGUAGCCAAAAUUCACAAUGCUGUGGUCAAGCGGGAGCUACGGGAUAAAAAGUUACACGCUUAUGUUCAAACAGUCGCUGUGCAUGGAAGAAAGCCUCUUCGCUUCUAA